UAAAGAAGAAAUGGCGAAAGCAAGAGAUAGUAUUUCGCCUCUCUCUCUUUUCUAAAAUUCAGAAACAGCGGAGAUAAAUUUGUCCUAAUAGUAAUAUUUGAUAAUAGAGGUAUAAAAGAUUUCUUUUAAGUAUAUUUAUCUUUUCUUAUUUACAAUUUAAUCAUUACUGUUGCCAAUUAAUGCCAAUUAGGAAGAUUUGGAAAAGAUUAACUCAAAAAAGACUUACAGUGUCUAUUUGGUUUGUAGAAGUCCUCUUUAACUAAUUACAGUGCUUCUUUGGUACUUGUAAUUCUUCUAUCUUCGUCCUUCUCUUCUUCGUUUUCUUUGAGUUACCCCUCUCCUUUCUUAUUCCUGUUACAGUUUCUAACCUGAGCUGCACAAUAACUGUUUGUUGUAAUGCCCAGGUGAUGAAAUUCCAAGUAAGCUUUUAAAAUUUUCAGUAUUUCGAAUUCGUAGCCUAACAGAAUGUCUUAUAGACGAUUUGGGUCAAUCUUAAAUCUUCGUACCAAUACAAUAAUUUCCAAUGUAAAGGUGCUGAGUAGUGUUAGUCCAUUGUAUUAUUCAACUGGCUUGGAAGUGCUACCAAGAAAACUGAAAAGGGAUGAAAGAAAACCAAUGGUAACUAGUGUGAAUGAGCUUAAGAGGAUAGCAAGACUGGACAAGCAAGAGAGAAGGGUUGCACGUGAAGUUCCAUUGCGGCCACCUGAAAAUGGGCUAUUAAUUAAAGAACUAAUCCCACUUGCUCAUCAGGUCUUAGCUUCCAGAGGCCUGUUAUUCGCCUGUGUUUCCAGGAUUUCGGAGGAUAUUCCUAUUUAUUUUUGCAGUGUAUGUAGUGAAGUUCAUGUUGGUCAUCCACCACAUAAGAUCAGAACUUGCGACGUUAGUGGCAGUCAGAAGAACAAAGAGCAUACAUGGCAGAGAGGGGGUGUAGAGCACGUGUUGCCUGUUGUCGAAUCUUUUCAUCUCUAUGACAGGUUGGGAAGAGCUGUUUCACAUAAUGAGCGACUUGAAGUUGAUUGCAUCCCAGCCCUUGUGGAAUUGUGCAUUCAGGCUGGCGUGGAUUUACCUGAGUACCCAACCCGAAGAAGGAAGUUCCCCAUUUACCGGGUUGCUGGAAAACUCAUAGAUUUUGAGAAGAGGUUUCCCAAGGAUGAUUUAUCCGGAAAGGACUUAGAAACUUCUAAAUUUAGGGAAACUAUUAAGAAGCCAGAUGGAGAUGGAAAAUAUUUGAAUUUACCAUACGAUGACAUAAAAGGAUUCGCAAUGCGAGGAAUGGAAGCUUGGGAGAGUAUGCGUACCGGAGUCAUACAGCUCAUGCAAACGUAUGCCGUACAAACAUGUGGAUAUUGUCCUGAGGUGCAGGUUGGGCCAAAAGGUCAUAGGGUUAGGCAAUGCCAAGCAUUCAAGCACCAGAUGAGGGAUGGACAACAUGCUUGGCAAGAGGCAACAAUAGAUGAUCUUCUCUCCACCGUUUAUGUUUGGCAUGUCCGAAACCCACAUGCUGGCCAUCUUUUGAUUGAUUCUUUAAAGAGGUAUUACGGAAAGUUACCUGCAGUCGUUGAACUGUUUAGUCAAGCUGGAGCACAGGUUGGAGAUGAUUACUAUUGCAUGAUGAGGGAAGAUGUUGCUGUUCCCGGACCAGAUGAAGAAAAGUUGGUUGUAUAAAGCUCCAAGAUACUGGCCUACGCAUUGGUAAAUUAUUUGAAGCUGUGGCAAGGAUGCUCGUACCUUUGGUAAAAGUUACUAAUAGGCAUUUAGAGUCCUCAAGAUGAAGAGGAAACAGCUCAAGAUUAAUGCUGGCACAUAUUUACUCUUGAUAAGACACUUUAUAGAGUUGUUCAUUUAUCUAUUAGAUUACUGCCAAAAGAUACAUCCGAAUGAACUGGGUUAUGCCAAAAUAUACAUCCGACCUCUUGAGAUGCUGGGCUGGUGUGACAGGUGGAGUCAGACAGAAGAAAUGGCGGCAGAAGAUCCCAGCCUGCAUUUGGUGGUCAGUCUGGAACGAGAGGAACUCUAGAUGUUUUGAGGAUGUUAGCAACUCCAUUCAGAAAAUCAAAAUGAACUGUUUAGUGCUUUUUCUUUUUUGGUGUAAAGAAUGCCCUGUAAAUGAUAGUAACUCCAUACUUGAUAUCAUAGAAUACA